UGCCGCCUACUGGGACGGCCUUAUCUGUCGGCUGUCCCUGAACUACCCUGUCAGUGACCUGCCUCCUGUGCACCUAACUCCAUACGGGGCUGAGAGAUACCAGGCCGGGACCGGGCCAACCGCAGAAAACUGGUAAAGGCCCCCUGGACUGAAUAGGCUGGAGCAAUGGCAGCUCCAGGGAUACCACCUCCCUCAGCUUCAGAGGCAGCCGAUGUUGACUCGGGGGGAGGGGGUAAGAAGUCCAGGCAGCUGCCUGAGCUGAUCCGCCUGAAAAGAGAUGGAGGGCAUCUGAGCAAGGCAGAUAUCAGGCACUUCGUGCAUGCCCUGAUGGACGGAAGCGCACAGGACACACAAAUUGGAGCCAUGCUGAUGGCCAUUCGGCUGCAGGGCAUGGACCUAGAGGAGACAUCUGUGCUGACCCGGGCCCUGGCAGAGUCUGGGCAGCAAUUGGAGUGGCCCAAGUCCUGGCACCAGCAGCUUGUGGAUAAACACUCCACGGGAGGUGUGGGUGACAAGGUUAGCCUGGUUCUGGCACCUGCCCUGGCUGCAUGUGGCUGCAAGGUGCCAAUGAUCAGCGGACGCAGUCUGGGCCACACAGGGGGCACACUGGAUAAGCUGGAGUCUAUUCCUGGGUACAAUGUCAUCCAGAGCCCGGAGCAGAUGCUGCGGAUCCUUGAGGAAGUGGGCUGUUGCAUUGUUGGCCAGAGUGAAAAGCUGGUUCCUGCUGAUGGGAUCCUGUAUGCUGCACGAGAUGUGACAGCUACUGUGGACAGUGUGCCGCUCAUCACAGCCUCCAUCCUCAGUAAGAAGGCCGUGGAGGGACUGUCCACUCUGAUAGUGGAUGUUAAGUUUGGGGGGGCUGCAGUCUUCCCUGACCAGGAGCAGGCCCGAGAGCUGGCAAAGACGUUGGUUAGCGUGGGAGCUGGCCUGGGGCUGCGGGUCGCCGCAGCUCUGACUGCCAUGGAUAACCCUCUGGGCCGCAACGUGGGCCAUACCCUGGAAGUGGAAGAAGCGUUGCUUUGCCUGGAUGGUGCGGGGCCGCCGGAUCUACGGGAACUGGUUAUUAGGCUAGGGAGCGCCAUCCUUUGGCUUAGCGGACAGGCGGAAACCCAAGAUGAGGGCGCCGCCCGAGUGGCCGCGGCGUUAGAUGACGGCUCUGCGCUGCGCCGCUUCCAGCAGAUGCUUUCGGCGCAGGGCGUGGACCCAGCCCUAGCCAGAGCGCUGUGCUCCGGGAGCCCUAAGCAACGCCGACAGCUGCUGCCUCACGCCGGACAGGAAGAGGAGCUGCUCGCACCGGCAGACGGCACUGUGGAGUGCGUUCUCGCGCUGCCGCUGGCCCGUGUGCUGCACGAGCUUGGAGCCGGACGCAUCCAGGCUGGGCAGCCGAUCAGGCCGGGAGUGGGUGCCGAGCUGUUAGUCGACGUGGGCCAGCGGCUGUACCGCGGGACACCCUGGCUCCGCGUGCACCUAGACGGCCCUGCGCUCAGCAGCCAGCAGCGCCUCGCUCUACAGGGGGCGCUCGUGCUGUCAGAUCGAGCACCCUUCAAGGCCCCUUCGCCGUUCGCUGAGCUAGUCCUCCCAGCGACCACCGCACAGCCCUAA